AUGAAAUCGCCGCCAAAGAAGCGGCAGCGAUGCUUAUACCGUUCCGCCAAAUUGAUCGAUUUUAGUUCGUCGUUGCUGUCAGAGGAACUCUUGCUCCAUAUUUUUAGCUAUUUAUCAGCAGCCGAUCUCAUUCGGUGUCAGCUAGUCAACUCAUAUUGGUCUCGGCUGGCCAACGAUGCCAUGCUGUGGAAACCUUUGUUUUACUGCCGAUUCACCGACUUUCCUCAAGAGAAAAUAAUCAAAAGAAAGAAUAUUAACUGGAAGUUAAAGUACAAGAUCAACCACAACUGGCAGUCCGGCAAUUGUCAGAUCAGUAGUUUCAAGGUCUUUGAUCGUGCUACUUUGGCUACGAGUGAGCGGAGCCGACAACGACAACGAGUGCAAUUUGACGAGAAUAUGCUUUGUAUUGCUGAUACCAAUCAUUCGUUUGUCAAGGUGUGGCGCUUUACUGACGGGGACAGGGUACCAAAAUUUUGUGGUGAUUUGCUUUUGGAGACCACUUCGCGCAUAAGUUGUAUCAGGCUGGAAUCCAAAGGAAGUCCGACCGGCCAGACCUGUCUUGUGGUUGGACUGGAGAAUGGUGGAUUCUCAAUAUGGAAGCUGGAUGUGACCAGUCCGUCAUUGAAAGCCGAGGAAGUCGUAGAAUAUCGCCCGCUCUCCUCCAAAUCUCACCGCACCGAUCAAAGUGUGGAAGCUAUCGCUUUAUCUUACCCGAUGAUCGUCAUAUGCACCAAAAAUAUGAAACUUUUGGCCUUUUUGAUUGAAGAAACACCCAUACCAACUUUGCAUUUUGUCCAUCAGCUGCAAAGUCCUAUACGCUGGCGUCCCAUCAUCAUCCAAUUAUGUCCUUAUCCCUCUAUCGUCACCAGGAAUGGUACUCGUGAUCGCGUAUGGAAAGCCACCAUAGCAUUUGGCAUGGCCGUUGGCGUGAGUUCAUAUUCCAUUGGAGCUCAGGAAAUUAUCUUUUCACAACAAGCCAUCCUUUUGUCGCGUCAUUGCUCGGCUCUCAAUCAGGAUCGUGUGUUUUUCGCCGUUCCUGAACAAGGUCGGCAAGUGUCGGAUUUUCUUCAACCGAUGACCGACCUCGCAUAUUCGGAGCCCUUUCUGACAACCGCGCAUGCCAAUAAUACGAUCAAGCAGUACCGGCUUGUUUCCACCCCCGAGCGACUGGACAUCGUUUACGUUCGUACACUGUAUGGUCACACAUGUAAAGUGGCGGCGCUAGCAUUGAACGCAGCUGCAGGCAAGCUCGUCAGCGGGGAUCGCUCCGGUUUGAAAAUUUGGAACCUGUCAAGUCUUGACCGUCCUAAAAACGGGACACACGAUACACCGAUGGCAUCAAGGCGACGUUACAGUGGAAGCGACUAUCUCGUCGGUCUGGCCCAUUAUCCGGAUCAGCGGAGGAUGAAGGAAUUACCGCCCUUGGAUAUCAACUGGCUUCAUUUUGAUCAAGAGAAAAUCGUCGCUCUUAUCCAAGAGGAACAUCAGGUGUCGCUAAAAACAUGGUCUUUUCUUUAA